AGCAACAGUCUGCGUGGCCCGCGGUGAGAUAACCGCCUCCCUCAGAGCGCACCUGUAUAAGAAAGGAGAUGUCGGACACCUACAUCAUCCCCAACAACCCGACCAGCAUCAGGUCCUGAACGCUUCCUUGAAAGUCGAGACACCAGCUCAGAUGUCCGCCACACAAGCUACAAACACUUCAGAGCAGACCCAGGAGACAGAGGCCGAUGGCCAGGAGAACGUUACGCGUGUACCUCGACGAACACCCAUGGCAUGCACCUUCUGCAGAGGUCGCAAGUUGAAGUGUGACGGUCAGCCGACUUGCGCGAAUUGCAAUCGUCGGGGUCUCGUGUGCGAAUAUGUCCCAGUAUCGUCGCAGAAGUAGGGGACCUACGUAUCACGCACUGGACUGAUUUACAUUUAAGGGAGUCCUAUGAGUUAUCUGUAUAUGCCGCAGUCAGCUAGACCUAAUUUGAGGUUAUUCACGUUACCUGCCA